AUGAUUUUGAAUGAUAAAGAGAAACUUAUGGUUGAUUGCACCGGAGAAGGUGUUUUGUUCACUGAAGCAGAUGCUGACGUUAGUUUGAAAGAUUUUGGUGAUGUUCUUCUUCCUCCAUUUCAUUAUUUGGAUGAGCUUCUUUAUGAUGUUCCUGGUUCUUCAAACGUGUUUAACGCUCCAUUGAUGCUUAUUCAGGUAACACGCCUCAAGUGCGGUGGUUUCAUAUUUGUUAUUCGUAUAAACCAUACAAUAAGUGAUGCAUUUGGUAUAGCUCAAUUCAUGAACGCCUUAGCAGAAAUAUGUCGUGGAAUGAAUGAACCUUCAAUCUCACCGGUGUGGCGCAGAGAACUUCUAAGCGUAAGGAACCCACCAAGAGUGACAUGUUAUCAUCCUGAACUCGAACAAGCACAUAAUAACAAAGGAAUCAUCAAUGUCAUAUCCUUAGACAACAUGGCCCGACGAACUUUCUUCUAUGGUCCCAACGAGUUAGCCACAAUCCGCUCCCUCCUUCCUGUUCAUCUUCACUCAUGUUCCAAAUUUGAAAUCAUCACUGCAUUCCUUUGGCGUUGUCGUACAAUAGCGUUACAACUAGAUUCAAACGAAGAAGUCUGUAUGUAUUUCGGAGUCAAUGGACGUAGUAAAUUUGUUGACCUACAAUUGCCGAACGGCUACUAUGGUAAUGUUGUUGCAAUUCCUGCUGCUACGUAUAUGUAUGCAUUGAAUUUAGUUCAGAAUGCAAAAACUAAAGUGACCAAAGAAUAUAUGCAUUCAUUGGCAGAUUUAAUUGUUAUCAACGGUCGACCUCUGUUUACUACGACAAAACUUAUGUUUAUAGUGUCUGAUACUACACGUGUGGGAUUUAGAGAUGUUGAUUUUGGUUGGGGGAAAGCUGUUUAUGGAGGACCAGCUAUCGAUUCUCCACUUCCUGGUAUUCUUAGCUUUUAUAUUCCUUUUACAAAUGUUAAAGGAGAGGAAGGUUUGGUUGUACCAUUUUGUUUGCCAGCACAAGCCAUGGAGAGAUUUGUAAUAGAACAUGAUAGUGUGCUUAAGAGAUUUGUAAUAAUAUUGUCUCUCAUAGUUAAGUCAAUGUAUCUUUUAAAAUAA